AUGGCAACAAACAUCGUUCAGGCCUUCCAAGCAACUUUAUCUCCAAACCCAAACGUUCGAGCUCAGGGUGAAGUCUUUUUGCGACAGAUUGAGUCGAAUUACGAAAAUUUGCCACAAUUAGUUCAAGCUGCUCUUCCAGCCUCUGGCCAGUCGACACAAAACCGCAAGUCGAUUUUAUUGUGUUUUGGUCGUAUGAUUAAAAAGUUGAUUGACCCUCGUAGUGUUCCUGAGCAAAUCAUUUCUAUGACGUGUAACUUGUUAUUGCAGCUUUUAAAACAAGAAACUGAACUUGAGAUGAAAGCCGUUGUGGCUGCUUCUGUGUAUCAAUUUGCAGAGAUCUUGUCGAACAAUGAUAUGGACUGGUUUUCCUAUUUCCCGACAAUUAUGGAAACCCUGAAUGACCAACGAAUGUUUCAGAAAUUGUGUGCGUUAGAAAUCUUAGGGAAUUCAGUUGCGUUCAAAGGGUGGGAAGUACUAACAUCGUACGUCCCCCAACUCCUCCAGCUUUGUGCCAGUUUUUUGGCGAGUGGAAAUUAUCAAGUGCAAACCACAGUGCUUGACUUCUUGGCAAACUCGACAGCGUUAACUGAAAGUACCGAAAACUUUGGGAACACGUGCAAACUUCUCUUUGCGCCAAUUCAAACCGUUGUAUUGCAAUUGUACCAAGCGAACGAGAAGGACAAAUUUGACGAAAUUACAACAUCGGUGUGCCAGUUAAUAGAAAACUCCGACUAUAUAUUUAGUGGCAAAGAAUGUGAGUUGUCUCAGAACAUGUUCACGAUAUUAAACACUUCGCUCGUCAAAGAAACCCAACAGAGUGCAAUGGAAGUCAUCAUCGUACUCAUCGAAAACAACGCGAGUGUGUUUAAGAAGAACAACGCAAUGAUUAAUAUUGUCGUUAAGAGAUUGUUGGAGUGGAUGAGAACAAUCGACGACGAAUCCGCACAAUUGAUGUUGAACAACGAAGACCCAAUUGAUAUUGAAAAUUUCUCGUAUGCUGCGGACGCGUUAAUUCGUGUAGUCAGUGCUGCUGGAGGUGCUCCGAUCAAAGACACCCUCUUUUCGACUUGUUUGGAGUAUUUAAAAUCAAAUAACUGGAAAGAACGGUACGCCGCUUUAACUGCACUUUCGUUGUGUGUAGAACCCGGCAAAUUCAUUUUUAAGACGACGAUGAGUGACUUGUUGAAACUUGUGAUCAAUUUCAUAACCGACCAGAAUGGGUUAGUCCUCUUUGGGAUGUUGUCGUUGUUGGAUUCUUUAAUUGAGUGCUUCCCUAAGAUGUGUCGACGCCGACACUUUGAACAAAUCAUGCAAGUUGUGAUUGCCGCGUUAAAUAUUCAUCUUCCGAUAGUCCAAGACAAAGCGUGCUUCAUAUUCUCGCAGGUACUUGAUACAGACGAUGCAAAUUUGAGUGAGAAAUUGGCGCCUUUUAUCCCCAAAAUCUUUGAAGGAGUCUUUGUGACACUCAACACAAAUAACUGGAAUUCCAUUUCAAAUGCGCUUUCUGUGUUAAUCACUCUCUCCAGAGUCGCUAUGAAAAAGAUGGAACCGUUCUAUCAGAACAUUAAAACAGCUAUAGACGUCCUCUUACCAAAAUUCACAACACGAGAAACGUUGGAACACAAGGGGAAAGUCAUCGAACUGAUGUGCAUCUACGCUUCUAUCAAUCCAGGUUUCUUCCCAGAGUCUCGGCAAAUUGCUGUGAGUCAACUUGAAGUGAUUUCUAAUGGGCAAGAGAUCAUGUCACCGAUGCUGGUUUCCGUGUUAAGUGGGAUAUGUUUGCUCUGUGAGAACAAUGACCAGCCAUUUAAACAGUAUAUUCAACUUGUUGUCACUCUCAUUUUAAAACGAUUGAUAAUGAAGGAAAAUACUAGCGAUGUGAUCAUGGACGACGUCAAUGCACGGACAUCAGCUACACAAGAAAAGAACUAUUUGAUUCAAAGUUUGAUCCGAAUAGUGACUGCAUUGAAAGGAGAGUAUGGCAAUUAUGUUGAAGACACACUUAAAGUGUUGUUGCCAUUGAUGAAUGACGUUCACACAACUUUACGAGAGACCUCCUCGAAACUUAUUCCUCUUAUUUUCGAGUCAUACGUCGAAAUGAUGAAAGUGUCUCCUCUCGACCAAAACACGAAAACGCAACGAACGAUUACACUCUUCUAUAUUAUAGUGGACCACAUCUGCGAGUUAGUCAAGAAAGAAAGUUUGACGGACAAUUUGGUGAGUUAUUUGGAGUGCUUGAAUAUAGUUUUAGUGUUAGCGGGAGACAAUGUAUUGGAUGUGGAUCGAAUCAAAAACAUUUUCGAGUCCUUUGAUAUGGUUUUAAAGAAGAUCUUAGACGGGGAAGGACUUGAAGACGGUGUUUUAGUUGAGAAUGAAAUUGAUACGAAUGUUUUGGACGAGGAACAAUAUGACAAUAUUGUCGACGACUCAAGUGAGACAUUAGACUACUUAACUUUGUUGAUGCAAUUGAACUCGUGGAUAUGUAAAUCACAUCAGAAGACAUUCUUCCCUGUUUUCCAAUUCACAUUGUUCCCUCGUGUGAUGUCAUACCUCAAGCAAACGGAAGAGAAUGAUAAAACAGCGUUUGCUGUUGCUAUAUUAGGCUCUGUGAUCACCGAUGGAAAAAUAUAUGACUUUGUCCCACAAAUCACAGAACAAUUUUUGGUCUUUGCGCAUAACUCAAAUACGGACAUUGCAAACAACGCGAUUUACUUCUUGGGACAAUUUGCAAAGGACGAGAUCCAAAACUUUGUCCCGUUCAUCCCGAAGUUACUGGAAACGAUAGGAACCAUGUUGAACAGAAAGAAGACUCGAGCUGUUGUUGAACUGCAAGGACAAGUGAUGUUAACACUUGGAAAUGUAUUAAUACAUUACUACACACAAAUUCCGCAAAGCAAAGAAUUGAUGUGCCAGUUGCUCGGUGCAUUCCCCACAAAAGGAAUGUAUGACGUGUUGAUCGAAAUGCUCGACGAGAUGAACAAGAAGGGGAUGAUCGUUCCUAUCAUCUCAAUUGGGAAUGUUGCAAAUAACAUUUACAAGUUGGUGUUAUACUUCGCUAAUGCACUCGAAAAGGAAAAUACAGAGGACGACACUAAACUCCAAAUGGCUGCGUUGAUUCAAACGUUCUCAACUGUCGUCUCUCAGGACGUCAUCGCACAAAUAUGGAGUAAAUUGAGUAUAGACCAAAGGGGGGAUUUGGAUUCCUUGUUCCAUAAAUGA